AUGGACAAACACAAUGGGUUAAUAGAGGCUAUCGAAGCUUUCUAGACAACCCAAAAACACCAAUUUCACAUGCCAUCACACUCGGGAAGGUAUAUCAACUCAGAUUUUAAAGGACUCUUAGACUAAUCGAAUAUCUAAGGUUUCAACAGGGCAGCUCGGCGUGCCUUUAACAAUGUCUAAGGUCUUGAGUUUAUUGAUGGCUUGAUCGGGGAUCUCGGUUAACUUUAUCAUGACGCUUUUUCUUCUAAACUAACCCUCUAUCUUUAAAAUGGAUAAACAGCUGGCAAUCAUAUUGUUAGCCUUUGUUUAGCAGGUAAAAAUGUUCUCAUUUAAAGCAAUACUCAUAUUUCAGUCCAUUCAGGGCUUUAACUUGCAGGGUCCAAAAUUUACUUUGUCUAACCUGAUUAUAACUAAGAAUAUGAUAUAUUUCUUCCAAUAAGACCUCAUUAAAUUGCUGAAAUUCUCGAUGAAAACCCAGAAAUAAAUGCGAUUUAUCUAACAAAUCCAACUAUCGAUGGUCUUUGUUUUGAUACCUAAGAAAUUAAGAAUUUAAUAGGAGAUAGGUUAUUAAUCAUUGAUGAAACUCAUGGUGCCCACUUCUAUUUUAGUGAUUAAUGUCCCUAAGCAGCUCUUACUUCAGGUGCAGAUGUCUCUGUCACGAGCGUCAGCACCACUUUAGGUGGUCUGCAAGGUACUGGUCUGCUGAAUAUAGGGAGGCAGUCGAAGAUUGAUGCUGGAAAAAUAAAGAGUAAUUAUUUCAUGCUCGGCACAACAACUCCAAGCCCCCUCUUAAUUUGUGAUGUAGAGGGUACUGUUAAAACAUUUUCCUAAAAUGGUAAUAAUCUCAUUAAUGAUGCAAUAAAGAAUGCAUGGAGAGCAAAAUAAACUUUCAAUCACAUUGACUCAAUAAAAGUUUUUGAUCAAGAUGGAGUCCAAAAGGAUCCAAUUAAACUUAUAAUAAGAGUUAAGGGAAUGGGCGGGCAGCAACUAGCGAAAAAAUUGCAUGAUUUAAACAUUCAGGUAGAGAAAGUUACAAGAAAAGCAGUACUACUGACAGUACACUCGCUAAUACAGGAAUCUGAAAUUGAGCAUUUCGUGGCGGCAAUGACAGAAAUAGCCAACACGUACUCAGGAAUCGAUGAUGAAUCAACUCCUGAGUUAGCUGCUCAAUAUUAGGAUCCCCUAAUUAACAAAAUUCUUAACAAAAGAGAAAUAGUUAUGGAUAUCAGAGAUUGCUUUGCCUCUGAAACUGAAACUAUUCAACUUCAAGGUGCGCUAGGGAGGAUUAGCGCUGAAAUUAAGUACAAAUGUCCCUCUGGAAUCCCUGUACUUCUCUACGGAGAAAAGAUAUAAGAGAAUCACAUACUACUGUUCAAAGAAGCUAAAGAGUUAAUCAAAGUUAUUUAAUAACUUUCAGAAUGA